AUGCUGAAGGAGGGCUGUGCCGUGGGCCUGCAAAGGCAUCGCCACACGCUGCGAAACCUUCCCGGGGAAGGAAAAUGUUUGCUCGCCCACCCUUUCGAGGCAGACGAGAAGAAAGCCGACCCCUGCCACCAUCCCAAGCAGCGACAGCGGAGAAAACCCCGAGUUUUAUUCUCCCAAGCUCAGGUGUUUGAACUGGAGAGGCGAUUUAAGCAACAGAAAUACCUCUCCGCUCCGGAAAGGGAGCACCUCGCCAGCGUGCUCAAGCUCACCUCCACGCAGGUGAAAAUCUGGUUCCAAAACCGGAGGUACAAGUGCAAGAGGCAAAGGCAGGAUAAAUCCCUGGAGCUGGCUGCCCACCCGCUGCCCCCGCGGAGGGUGGCAGUGCCCGUGCUGGUCAGGGACGGCAAACCCUGUCUUGGGGGCUCCCAGCCUUACCCAGCCCCAUACAGCAUCACCGCCAGCCCUUACUCCUAUAGCUCCUACUACAGUGCCUAUAGCAGCAGCCCGUAUGGUGCUAGCUACCGGGGGAACUAUGCCGCGGUGCCCCCCAACACUACCCCCGGCAGCUCUGCCAUGAAAGUGAGCUUGGGCAUGGCCAGCGCUGCUCAGCACCAGCCCGCAUGCUUGCAAGCCACCGUGCAAGCAGGGAUCAGGGCUUGGUACAUCGUGGGGCAGCUGCGAGGGGCAGCUCCGUCGUUACGGGGUCGCACGGUGGGUCGGUGUCAUCUGAAUUACACCAACGCCACCGGUGCUGAACCCCAAAUCAGGAUCCAUCGGCAUCAAGUGCCUUGCUGGAUCAAAGGACUCCCCAUCACUCCGGCGUUCACUCGCUUCCCGAAUGGGACAUCCCUGACAUCCAAAUCAAACCAGAAAAACCCUCUCGGCGAGACAGCUUGCUCGCCGUCCUGCCGCUCCGAGGCUUUGCGGCCCCACCAAGACCCUGGAAAAGACUGGGAAGGGAACUGCCCAGCUUCUGGGGAGAGAAGCCCUUCUGCUGCAUCUUAUUGUCACAUCUUUGUGAUAGAGCCCAAAAUAGUUGUGGAUGCAGGACAGGCCGAGUCCCUGGGUGUGCGGCAGGGGGACAGGCACGCGCUGAGCUCCAACAACAGCGAGGGCAGCCUAAAAUCAGCAGGGCAUUUGCCUCUGGAGCCGCUCUCCCUGUCUGUUGUAUCUUAA